GACGUUAUUGGUCCACCUUGAUCUCAUAUCUCUCCCUCACACGUGACUUCUGGGCUGUUUUACUGAGCCCUUAAAUAUCGGUUGUGUAGAGGCAGGCUGGCAAAUACGAGCAGAAUUUGACCACAAGCGGUCACCUUGGAAGGAAGAUUUGCCUAAAGCGAUUUUAUUCACGUUUUCGUCAGAAAAAAGGGAAAUGCAGUCAACAGUAAAACAAAACUUCAAUGCGGAGACAGAAGCAGACAUCAACAAACUCGUCAACCUGAAGCUCAAUGCUUCCUACACCUACCUUUCCCUGGGGAUGUAUUUCGACAGGGAUGAUGUUGCAUUGCCAAAUUUCUCCAAGUUUUUCCUGGAGCGCUCUGUGAAGGAAAGGGAACAGGCUGAGAAACUGUUGGACUAUCAGAACAUGAGAGGAGGCCGCAUUUUGCUUCAAACUAUUGCUAAACCAAGUAAGGAGGACUGGAGAGGAGGCCUGGAUGCAUUGUCCUUUUCUCUGGAAUACCAGAAAUCCCUCAACACGCGUAUCCUUGAUGUGCACUCCAGAGGUGGCACCCACAACGAUGCACAUCUGUGUGACUUCCUGGAGCAGGAGUUCCUUACAGACAGCCAUGAUACCAUCAAAAAGCUGGGUGAUUACAUUGGCAGCCUGUCACGUCUUGUUUCAUCUGAGUCUCAUGGCUCAAUGGGAGAAUACCUGUUUGAUAAACACACUCUGUAGAGGUCCCUGACACCAACUUGUACGUUUACAAUUUUAAAGAGGUCAAUAUCACAUUUGUUUCCAUUAAGAUAACCUGACAAUGUUUGUACAGUUUACCCUGAACUCAAUUUUUGUACCAAAGGAACAAGAGAAUUUCAUGCAGGUUAACUGAAAAUACCUCACGUUUUCUAAAAUAAAGCUGUUGGAAAAAAAUCUUAUUAAAAUGGUGCUGAAAACUUCAGUUUUUCUAAUUUGUUACCAUAAAAUGAGCCACUUGUUCAGACUUUAUCAUGUGUCAUACAUUCCAAUAUCUUGUAUUUUGGUGUUUUGAAAAUUUCAUACAAUUUUGUAUGAAAUUGUUGAAAGGAUUUUGUGAUCUGGAAAGUUAUUAAAAUGUGUCUACAA